UAUAUGUGUGAUCAUUCUUCAAUUCCAUUAAUGAAGCAAUUGAUGAUAGUGGUAACGAAAAUAUCAUAUCUAAUUCAAUCUUAACUGAAAAUUUGGGUUGUUGCGAGAACGGUCAAAAUAAAGAAAGUAGUGUUUUUACAAAAUCCAACAGAACAAAUUACGGAAAGCAACCCACUAUAUCCUCCAAGGUACUAGGAACACCUAUUCAUUGUAAAUACUAUCUAUUAAAAAGCAAUCGCCGCUGGCCGGGAUGAGUUUCACACUGAAGGCGGAUUUUACAAUCGUGUUAGUGGACAUAGAGAUGACAUAGAAAGAAUGAUUAUAAAUGGACAAAAGGCUGACAUUAAAGACUACCCUUAUCAAGUGAUAUUGUACUAUAACAAUUACGAUAAGUGCGGAGGGUCAAUUAUUGCAGAACAAUUCAUUCUGACUGCUGCUCAUUGCCUUCAAAGUGAUGAAGCAUCAAAAUAUAUGGUCAAAGCUGGAGUAUCGAAUAUAGACGAAGAUGGACAAGAACGAAAAGCCGUUGAACUUUUUAUACACGAAGAUUUUUCUUUUGAUGAACCUGAAUUUGACAUUGCAAUUGUACAGGUUGAUGAACCGUUUGAAUUCUCAAAUGCAGUGAGAAUAAUAAAGUUGCCUAAUGAUGAUCAAAGCGCCAAAGCGGGUGAUAUUGUAACAGUAACAGGAUUCGGCCUUACUCAUAGUCCCGAAGCACCUGGAAACGAAACUGGUGACCUUUACUUCAUCGAUGUUCCAAUAGCAUCCCCGAAAGAAUGUUCUAAACACAUUAAAUCAGACAAAAUGAUUUGUAUAGUUUCAAAUACGCCUCCAAGAAAAGGCACUUGCUACGGAGAUUCAGGUGGGCCCAUGAUGAAAGAUGAUUACCUCGUAGGGAUAGUUUCCCUUGGCUUUGGUUGUGAUACAGGUGAGCCUGAGUAUUUUACCAGUGUGACGUAUUUUCUUCAAUGGAUACGCGAUAUUAUUCCAAAUAAUUGAUAAAUAUGUUUUACUUUGUUCCUUUAUUUACUUACUAACCUGUAUUACACAAUAAAAUGUACUUAUUAUCUUACUAAUAAACGCCAUUUACGGUAUGCGA